UCUAAACAGCAGAGCAGCAUACAACACAUAUUAUAUGCUUCAAUUCCAUAUUUCUUGGCCUCCUCUUCUCCAUGACUCCCCACCAGCUUUACAUAUUUCUUGGCCUCCUCCUCUUCUCCCUACACGGUGCACCGCCGUGCUCGGCCGCCGUGAAUGAUACUCUCACGGCAGGCGAAUCGCUCGCCGUCAGCGACAAGCUCGUGUCAAGAAACGGCAAGUUCACGCUCGGCUUCUUCCAGCCAAGCUUCGUCACUAACUCUGGCAACAUCACCUCUCCCAAUUGGUACGUUGGCAUAUGGUUCAGUAACAUCUCGGCAUUUACUACUGUCUGGGUUGCAAAUAGAGAUAAUCCGGUUACUGACCUCCAGCUCAACCAAACACGGCUAGAACUAUCAAAAGAUGGCGAUCUUGUCAUCUCAAGCAAUGCCUCCAUAAUUUGGUCCAGUGCUACUGUUGCCAAUACGACAACAGUCACCACCAUGAAUACUACUAGUGUCAUUCUCGCUAACAAUGGCAACCUUAUGAUAAUAGGAAGCUCACCGACAUCGAAUGUGUCGUGGCAGAGCUUCGACCACCCAGCAGAUGUUAUGCUUCCUGGAGCCAAGUUUGGCUGGAACAAGGUCACUGGUGCUACUAUCAAGUAUGUCUCAAAGAAAAACCUGAUUGACCCUGGUCUUGGGUUGUAUUAUUUUCAGCUUGACAACACAGGGAUUGUCCUUGCCCGUAGUAACCCUGCUAAAACAUAUUGGUCUUGGUCAUCACAACAGUCAUCAAAGGCUAUAUCAUUGCUUAAUCAGAUGAUGAGCAUAAAUCCACAAACUAGAGGUCGGAUUAACAUGACAUAUGUCGAUAAUAAUGAAGAAGAGUACUAUGCAUACAUUUUGUCGGAUGAAUCAUUAUAUGUAUACGGCGUGCUAGACAUCUCUGGUCAGCUUAUCAUAAAUGUUUGGUCGCAAGAUACACGGUCUUGGCAACAGGUAUACACCCAACCUGUUUCCCCCUGCACAGCAUAUGCUACAUGUGGACCUUUCACAAUUUGCAAAGGCCUUGCAAAUCCUGUCUGUAGCUGUAUGGAGAGCUUCUCUCAAAAGUCACCUCAAGAUUGGGAGGUUGGCAAUAGGACAGCAGGGUGCUUCAGAAACACUCCGUUGGAUUGUGGUAACACAACAAGUUCAACGGACGUGUUCCAAGCCAUAGCUCGCGUUCAAUUGCCCUCCAACACCCCACAAAGUGUAGACAAUGCCACCACUCAGAGCAAGUGUGCACAAUCAUGUCUUAGUUACUGCUCCUGCAAUGCAUAUUCCUAUGAAAAUAACAGAUGCUCUAUUUGGCAUGGAGAUUUGCUAAGUGUAAAUAGUAAUGAUGGCAUUGAUAAUAGUUCUGAAGAUGUUCUCUACCUUCGCCUCUCCACUAAAGAUGUGCCAAGUUCGAGAAAAAACAAUAGAAAGACAAUCGUUGGAGUUAUUGCUGCUGCAUGCAUUGUUUGUUUUCUGGUAAUGCUCAUGCUGAUCUUACUGAUAUUGAAGAAGAAACUUUUACAUGCCAGUCAAUUGGGUGGUGGAAUUGUGGCCUUUAGGUACAGUGAUUUACGUCAUGCUACUAAAAAUUUCUCUGAAAAGUUAGGAGGAGGUGGUUUUGGUUCUGUAUUCAAGGGAGUGCUAAGUGACUCAACCAUUAUAGCAGUGAAAAAACUUGACGGUGCUCGUCAGGGAGAGAAGCAAUUCAGGGCUGAGGUGAGCUCAAUUGGAUUGAUCCAACAUAUCAACCUUGUCAAAUUGAUCGGUUUCUGUUGCAAAGGUGAUAAGAGGCUACUUGUGUAUGAACACAUGGAAAAUGGUUCUCUUGAUGCCCAUCUAUUUCAGAGCAAGGCUACAGUCCUGAAUUGGACCACCAGGUACAACCUAGCCACAGGAGUUGCUAGAGGAUUGUCCUACUUGCAUCAUAGUUGCAAAGAAUACAUCAUACAUUGUGAUAUUAAGCCAGAAAACAUACUUCUCGAUGCAUUAUUUACUCCUAAAAUUGCCGACUUUGGGAUGGCAGCAUUUGUAGGAAGGAAUUUUAGCCGGGUUCUAACUACAUUUAGAGGAACCAUAGGGUAUCUUGCCCCAGAGUGGAUUAGCGGUGUCGCUAUUACACCAAAAGUUGAUGUUUAUAGUUUCGGCAUGGUACUAUUAGAAAUCUUAUCGGGAAAGAGGAAUUCACAUAAAGUAUGUACUGAUGACAACAACAGUAAUCAGGUUGCUUUUUUCCCUGUGACGGCCAUUAGCAAGCUUCUUGAGGGAGAUGUCCAGAGUUUGGUAGACCCAGAGUUAAAUGGUGACUUCAGUCUAGAAGAGGCUGAAAGACUUUGUAAAGUUGCAUGUUGGUGUAUCCAAGAUAAUGAGGUCAAUCGGCCAACAAUGAGUGAAGUGGUUCGGGUUCUUGAGGGACUACAUAAUUUUGAUAUGCCUCCGAUGCCAAGACUACUUGCUGCUUUAGCUAUAUGAUCUGAUGUGGAUCAUUGUGAUAGUUCAUAUAUAAAUACUUCGUAGUAGCUUUUUGAAGUUCUGACGUGAUGGAAAGAAAGUAAUGUAAAUUAACUUGAUUGCUAAAUUGUAGUAGACUACCAUAUAUAGAUCUUGUGGUCUCCUGUUCUUUUUUUUGUUAUUCACAUUCUUCAAGUUACCGAAUGUAGGCAUAUGGCAGCAAGCAACAAAGACUUGGCAGGAAUAGAAUAUAUA